CAUUAACAUAUACACAGUUAAAUUAAUUAGUUUAAUGUCCCAUUUAUUCCGCUGACCUUUCUUCUCUGUCCAUCUCUUCAUUUACUACUAACUCUCAUUGUCCUUCUUUCUUUUUUCUUCUAUAUAAGUUUCUUUAUUUUUUUCCUUCUCUUCUUUGUUGUGUGCUAUAUAAAUAAGUUCAAAAGCCACUAUACUCUUUAGUGUUUCAAAUGGGAAGAUCACCAUGUUGUGACAAAGUUGGUUUAAAGAAAGGACCAUGGACUCCAGAAGAAGAUCAAAAACUCUUAGCUUAUAUUGAAGAACAUGGUCAUGGAAGUUGGCGUGCUUUGCCAUCUAAAGCUGGACUUCAAAGAUGUGGAAAGAGUUGCAGAUUGAGAUGGACCAACUAUCUUAGGCCUGAUAUUAAGAGAGGAAAAUUCAGUUUGCAAGAAGAACAAACCAUUAUUCAACUUCAUGCUCUCUUAGGGAACAGGUGGUCAGCUAUAGCUACACACUUACCAAAGAGAACAGAUAAUGAAAUAAAAAAUUAUUGGAACACACAUCUUAAGAAAAGGUUAACAAAAAUGGGAAUUGACCCAAUUACUCACAAGCCAAAAAAUGAUACUCUUGUUUCAAAUGAUGGUCAAUCAAAAACAGCUGCAAAUCUUAGUCACAUGGCCCAAUGGGAAAGUGCUCGUCUUGAAGCUGAAGCUAGACUUGUUAGAGAAUCAAAAAUUCGUUCACAUUCAAUUCAUAAUCACCAACUUGGAAAUUCUCAUCAUUUGUUUGCAUCUUCAUCUUCAAACAACAAGAACAAAGAAGAAGAUGAACAAACAUUGCUAUUUACACCCCCUUCUAUGGUUUCAUCAUCACAUUCUCUUGAUGUGUUUAAGGUUUGGAAUAAUAAUAAUAAUAAUGGAGGAUGGUUAAGGGCUUCAAAUGAUCAAGGAAACAAUCUUGAGUCUCCUACUUCUACUUUAUCUUUUAAUGAGAAUGUUCCACCAACUAUGACUAGUGAUGGAGUUGGGGGUGCAAAUAACAACAUCAAUGAUCAUAAUGAAAAUGCAAAUAACAAUAAUGAAAAUGAAAAUGUAGUAUCUAUGAUUGAAUUUGUAGGGACUAAUUCAAGUUCAUGUGAGACAGGAGUUGUGAAAGAAGAAGGUGGUGAUGAUCAUCAUGAUAUUCAAUGGAAAGGUUAUGAAAAUUCAUUGACUUUUACAUCUAAUCUUCAUGAGUUGACUAUGUCAAUGGAAGGAGAAUUGAGUUUACAUCAUGGAGGUGUUGUUGGAGAUGAUGUCAUUGCUGAAGAAGGGUUUACUAACCUUCUUCUUAAAACAAACUCGGAAGAUUUGAGUUUGUCAGAUAGUGGAGGAGAAUCUAACACCGGUGAUGGCGAUGGUCGAAGUGGUAGUGAAUUCUACGAAGAUAACAAUAACUAUUGGAAUAGUAUUCUUAAUUUAGUCAAUUCUUCUCCCUCUCAUUCACCAAUGUUUUGAUAAGAUUUUUAGCUAUGCAUUGUGCUUAUAGAUAUAAUCAAUCAAAAGUUUAUGAUAUAUUAAAGUAUUAAUAUAAAUAUUAUAAAAAUAAUUCUACGGCUCUAUAAUAAGUCCAAUUUCAUUUUAUCUCUCAUAUUAGUGUAAUGGAUGAGAUUUUUAAUUUCAUCUCUCAUUUUAAAGUAUUAAUUUUUUAGUCGUUAGACGAUGAAAUUGGACUUAAUGUAGAAUUGUACAAAUCUAGAUUUCUAUGGUUGUGCAAUUAAUAUAGUCUCAUUUUAGUUACAUUAAUCUAAUGGCUAAGAGUUACACUUGUUGCAGGACCGUAGAAGAUCAAAGUUGUAUUGAAAUAGUAUGAAAUUAUUUAUAUCUUGAACUUUUGAUUGAUUUUAACUAAUAGGCACUCUGUAUUUUGGUUCAUAUAUAGUAUAUGUUUAAGAUGUAUGUGAGUCACAUAAAUAUAUAGCAUAUUCUUCAAAUUCAAAUUUUUGUCAAAUGCCAUUGAUUUUCCUCUACAUAGUGGUUUAUUAUUGAUGGUUUACUAGAGACCUUACCUAUAAAUGUAUAUGUAUUUGUAAUUGUGUAAAAGUAAAUGAGGUACUCUUAUGAGAAAAAAUAAGUCUAUGAUAGCAUCCAUCAUCAAAUGUUCAUAUCAA